GAGAGAGAAAGAGCAGAGUAGGGGGGUGGAUGAGGAGGUGUGUUCUGGAGGAGCAUGGCCGCAGAAGCCGCUGUUGACUCCCGUCAUUUACUCCACGCUGUUUCGUUUUCUUCUCUAAUAACCGUCGCUCUCUCGUAGCUUUUUUUGUCCUGACGCUGUUUCAAGUCACAGGGACUUGAAUAUUUCCUGCCCGGCGGAGGUUGGUGGCGCAUUCAGGCACAGCGGAGCAACGUUUUCCUGCGGUGUUCUACACGCGGUUGUUGAACUGGAGCUGCUGGAGCUGGAGCCGAGGGAGCGCAACCCGGGCAGCUGUGGGUCACAGUCGGGAGUUUUGCGUUGUUGUGAGAAGGAAGGGGGGAGGAAGUGAGCCGGUGACAGGGACUCGGUUUCUCUGGAACAUUACUCCUCUGCUUUCCGUGCUAUUUUUCUAUUUUAUUCCCUUUUACGCGUGAAACGCAUUGCCUGUUCGGCGUGGAAACUGACGCGCAGUUAGAGAAACUGUUUCCCUGCGCGGAGCGGAGCGGAGCAGGAGUCAGAACGGAGUCCCGAGAAGAUUCAGCUGUUUGUGAUACUGUGGAAUUGUAGGUUUCACUCCUAACUUUUCGAACAUUUUUUUUUGUCUCCGCGCUUUUUAAGAAAACAUUGAAGUCAAGUCGAACAAAUUAUACCUAAAGAACUUUACUUCAUUCCAAAGACGUUGGAAUUAGAGGUUGUGUGGGAAUAACUGGAACUUUCCACACACACAUUUAAUCUUUUAACGCGUCUUUACACCAGAAACGGACUCUGGAAGUUGGACUGAUAUUGGUUUAACAAAAGUUAUUGUUUUUUUUUUAAAAUUCAAAAUAAAACACCACCACGUAAAAAUAAAAUGCCGCAGGUGGAAAUGGGCAUCUUCCUCCUCUUCAUUCUCAUCAGUGGCAUCUGUGUCCACGGCCAAGACCCAGCGUCUAAGGUGGUGUCCGACCGCUACGCCGUCUACUGGAACCGGACUAACCCCAAGUUUUACCGAAGUGAUUACCACAUUGACGUCUGCAUCAACGACUACCUCGACGUCUACUGUCCUCAUUACAGUGCGCCGGUGGCCGAUGACCGCGCCGAGCGCUACGUCCUCUACAUGGUGAACUAUGAUGGAUACAGCUCCUGUGACCACACGUCUAAAGGCUUCAAGCGCUGGGAGUGUAACCGGCCUGUCUCACCUAACGGACCCCUGAAGUUCUCUGAGAAGUUCCAGCUCUUCACUCCAUUCUCCUUGGGCUUUGAGUUUCGCCCUGGCAGAGAGUACUACUAUAUCUCCUCCAUCACUGAUAACAAGGGAAGGAGGAGCUGUCUCCGACUCAAAGUCUUCGUCAGACCACAAAACAAUUGUGUGAAAAGCCCUGGGAGUGAACAGGAAGGUGUGGACUUUGAAGACAACAGUCAGAACUCUCUAGAACCCAGAGAUGGAAUCAGUCACGAAUCACCAGAACCUGCUCGGAGGGAUGUGAACUCAGCUGGACAGCACCAGGUGUCCCUGCUUCUUCUUAGCUCCGCCCUCAUGCUCCUGGCAUCCAUCUUCUCCUUAUAGCAUCCCGAGUUUUAGGAAGCUCUUCCCAGUUCUGGGUGUGAACUGACCUGACUGGACUCUAGGCCGUCCAACCCUUCAACCCUCCCCCCUCCCCGUAGGAGCACUUUUCAAAAAAAUAAAAAAAUAAAUAAAAAAAAAAACUACAGGGAUGUCUCUGUAGAAGGACUUCGACGCUGAAGCCUAUUGAUUUCCUGACUUGGAACUAUUGUGAUUUUGUGACUUUUCUGUGGGCAACAACAGUCAUGGCCACACUGCUGUUCACCGGUACACUGAUGGCACACAAAGGUUUUGUGUUUAGCAAAAAGCACACAGACACACUUUUUAAACACACACACACACACACAUACACAUACCUUAGACACCAAAUUGAACGCAAUCACUCUUUUGAAAGAAGAAGAAGAAAAAGCACAACAGCGUCCCCUGGAGUUCACACACAAGUUUUGAUGGUUUGUUUCUCUUUGGCUAUUAAUUGUCAUGUUUUUGAAGAUUUCUUGUGACAUCCCCGAAAGAUUUUACUUGAUUAAAUCUCACACUGGGGUGGAGAAGGUUCCGAAAAAAGAUUUGCUUGUCACGUCUCGGAAAAAUGAAUGAAGGAAGACUUGACCUUCCUCUCAGGUUCUAAAAGACUGUGUUGGACCCUGGUUGAAAAUAGUGAAAAAAGAAAGAAGAAUGAAAAUGUAAAGAAGCACUCAACCUUACGUCUUUGUUUAGGAAUGAAUUCAUGGUGGAUUAACCAAUGCAUUGUUUUCCUGUCUGGUUGUUUGUUUUUUAAAUCUCAUUGUUCAGUUGUAGCAGCCAACACGGGCGUACAGUGACAUAUUUGGACAGUGUAGUACAUAGUGUAGAAGUCAUUUUGAUUAUUUUGCCAGGCAAAAUGUAUUUUCCUAUUUAUUGUAAAGUCCUUGUGUUUUCUUUUCUGGAUCAAUUCUGUAAGUAUCGUAGAAAGGCAAUAAAAAAAUAAAUAAAUCACACUCCUAGGGAUGUAAUGGUAUUUUCAACUUUGUGGUAGCAAAACAAAAAAAAAAAAAACUGUUUAGACACCUGUGUCAAACAAAGACUGUACCAGACGUUUUAUUUGAAAUGCCAACAUGGAAACGUGCGAAGUUGCCUGUUGUUGCAGAUGUUGGUGAAGUACCACAGCUGACUAAUAGAAAUUAAAUCAAAACCUAUUGACCUAUAUGACAUCAGACCAGAGAGUCAAUAACUUGGUUAAGAGUUGUUUAGCGGGCCAGCUAACAGCACAACAUUUUGCUGCUUUCAUGUGACGUGUUCGCUAAAGUACUAAAGCAAAGAGGCAUUAACUUGAAAAACCCACUUUGCAGCCCCUUCGA